GGUUUCGGCGACGGUCAGACAAGGGGUAAACUUGCAAUCGGGUACAAGCGCGACACGUACCGGACAUCAUUCCUUGGUCAUAUCCAAAGCUGGACGCCAAGGCGGGCGUUCAGUACAGGAACGGGCAGCAUGACCAGAACGCUCCACUCACAAGAAGAUGGCGAGGCCAGCCACCAAGUUGAUCGUGUAGUACAGCCGCCGGCCCUUCGUCUUUGAGAAGAAAUCGAGCAUGGCGGGCAGAUGCGCGAGUCGGGGGCGCAGGACGGGCAGAACAGUUCCGGGGCGGCCCUGUUAUAUGGGGCGCACGGUGGGCAGAUGUGGCUGACUCGAUGCGCGCGCACGGAAUGGGAAGGGCCCGGCAAGAAAUGCAGCCAGGAGCCAGAAGUCUUGUGAUCACCAUGCUCGCCAGGGCGACAGUGCGGAGUCUCCACAGAAGAUAUGCUCCAACCGUCUUCGGCAGCGUCGGACCGCCAAGCGCGUCCACCGUCGAGCAAUGGCCCAUGUCCGCUGUGCCCUUCGGGGCGUCCCGGCCGCCCGCAUGCUGUCGCCUGACACGCCACAGGGCGCGCGCUGGGUUCGUAGGGCGUAUAUCGGCUGCAACUCCUCGAACGCAUCCGGGGCCGGGUCCCCGCGUCGAGCCCCGCUUGUCCCCCGCAAUUGUUCGAGGGCAAGGCGGGGUCGGGACACUGGCGCCCGCGAGCGCUGGCGGCUGCGGUCCCAGUGCGGUGCCGGGCCUUGGCACAGUCCUGGACGAUCGUUAUUGCGCCGCGAUCACAAUGAUCCGUCGCUAUCCGAGUCCUCCUCGAUCGCCUCAGUUCUUGCUCCACUCGCAUAUCCUGCGCAUAUCAUGGCAAAGUGAGAGCAAUGAACAGCUCUGGUACGCGUGCCAUCGUCGCUCGCUGCCCAAUAAAGCGUAUCAGUCUCAACGCCCGAGGCACCGCUACGACACGGCAACAUCGCACAGGAGACGACAGGUGCGCAAAUUUCCAUGCGAGUCGUCAAACGUCACCCCCGGAGAGGCGCCAGGGGGCCCCGCAACGCCUCGGGUGUAGUUCUGCAAGAAAAAUGUAUCUUUGGAGGAGUGGGCAGUACGAGUGGGCUUCAGUAUGUCACUGUGAACACUCACUGCAUACGAGAACAAUACUCGCAGUAUACAUUGCAUGGAGUACAUCCGAGUCGUAGCAUC